AAAUUAGUCAUAACUCAGUCAACAAGUAAAUACGCUACUCGCCAGUCGAGUGAUAUCAAUGUGGCCCUGAAAACAUAACAUUGUUAUGAUAAAAUCGAUUACAGUAUUGACAAGUUCUGUGAUAGUGAAGAAUAUUCGUACACCCGUAAGAAUGGCGAGUAUACACAGUGCGUAUGUUGAAGAAAUACAUGAUGUACCGAUGUCAGUUAUAAUACGACCAUUUAUACCGGAAUUAGAUGAGAAGAAAGUUGAGUCACUUAUGGAAACUAUUCAGAAAGAAGAGGCCCAAGGUUUAGUUCCACCAAUAGAUGUGUUAUGGAUCGAGGGAAGUGAAGGCGGGAAUUAUUAUUAUAGUUUCGGGGGUUGUCACAGAUUUGCUGCCUAUAAACGACUUAGCCGUCCAACGAUACCAGCAAAGUUAAUAAGAUCCACAAUGAAUGAUCUACGCACGUAUUUAGGAAGUAGUACCCCUGAUCUUAAAUAAUUUUAAGUAUAAUUAGGAUUUCUAAUGCUAAAUAUGUAAUAGGAAUUUACUUUAUAGCUGUAGUUUUUUUUUGUAUUGUUUUGACAGAUUAUAUUUCUUUAUUGUCUCUGGUUAAAACUGAACCUGAUAAAUUGGUGUAGUUUCACAUGUGUUAAACAUUAACCCUUGUAGGUGUUUUGAAGUAAGAGAAUAAAAAACUUGUAUAAUUU